AUGAUCCAAAUGCUCACGCAUGUUCUGGGCUCUUCGGAAGCUGCCAUCUCCUGGCCAUACCAAGCAACACCCGGCUCGCAGCUUGCUCCGUCACCCUUCGGACACUACGGAAGCAGUCCAGCACACACACCGAGCCAGAGUCAAAGAUCAGCUGUCAGGAACAUCGCUGGCAGCAAAGCAGAGCUGUCAACGCUUCAGCCAUUGAUACAGGCACUCCUUGCUCGUCUAGGCAAGGAUCAGCCAUUCCUUCGUCGACCAGUGGGCGAGAAAGAUCUCACAGCUCUACUGCAAACCUUGAUGGAGCAGCAGCAGCGACAGCAACAGCUACAGCAAGGGCAGCAAAACUUGAAUCAAGGACCAGGACCAGGACAACAAGCCAACACUUGCUCAGGAACGGGCCUCGCUUAUGCUCCGCAUGCAGCAUCCACUCAUACACCUUCAAGUCGCUCAUCCUUCCAAGACAGCUUUGUCACUGGACACACGGCACAGAACGGCUAUCAGUCGCUCCAAUUUGCUGAUUUGGACUUCGAGGACGAGGAUGAGGACGACCCAGACUUUAAUCCGGACCUCAACCCUGAUCUUCCUUUGCCCUCAGCGUGGUCACUUGCGGUUCAAGAUGUUGUUGCUUCAGAGGAAUCUAGAGCAGCAGCAUCAGCUGCAGCUGCAGCUGCUGCAACAUCGCAUUCAGGCACGCCAUCAGGGGCACAGACACCAGCGGAACACCUUCGACUUGACAAAGACACGACGACACGCUCGCACACGGGCUCGACAAGCCGUUCACCAAGGAGGCAGGCGACCAUACGUGCCUCGGCUUCAACGCUUGGUCUAGGAGACACUCCGUUCUCCGUCCCUGAUAUCUUGUUCUCACCUUCCGGCCGACCUGUGAGGGCAUCACGCAAACCACAAGGCUCACCAACACCUGCGUCUCACACGAGACAAACGCGUACAGCUGGCCGUGAUCUACAGUUCACCAGCAUCGAGGACGCAGGCCUCGACCGAAGGUACAGUACUGAGUUGCUCCAGCAAGGUCAGCAACAGGGUUCAACACCGUCUACUCAUCCACAUUCGCAGCUCAUAGCUCGAGAAGAAAACUCCGUCCCCUCACGGGCGUUAUCCGCUCCAGUUCAACGCGCGCAAGCAGCAACAACAACAGCACAGUACACCGACACAGAUUCCCGUACUCCUCGCAAGCGAGGUCGCAAGCCUGUUCUCGAGCCAGGAGAGGCUCAACGUCGUCGUGCUCAGCGGAACGUUGAGUAUCAGCGGAUACGUCGUCAGGUCAAGAAGGUGGAAGAGUCCGAGCAGAGCGAAACCGUUCUCGAAUUGAAAGCAGAGGUCAAGAUGCUCCGUGCUGAGGUGGAGCGCCUGCGGGACGAGAACGCUAUGCUUCGUGCACAGCGUGAACUCGAUCGUUUGCAACGUUCUGGUUCGAAGUGA